AUGGGAUUCGCGUUCUGGAAGAGCAAUAAGUUCCCAGUCGAGGGAAAGACUGUCCUUCUCACUGGUGCCUCACAGGGCAUGGGCAAGGAAAUCGCACGCCUUCUCUCCGCCCGCGGCGCAAACCUCAUACUCGUCGCUCGCACAGUCAAGAACCUUGAAGCUUCCGUCGAACACGCACGCGCCCACGCGAAGAACCCUUCCACCCAGCGAUUCACCUAUAUCGCCGCAGACGUGUCUUCCGAAGCUGAGAACACACGCAUCCUCGAAGAAGCAUCAGCAUGGAACAACGGCCGCAUGCCUGAGAUAGUAUGGACAGUCGCUGGCUCGUCAAUUCCAGGCCUGUACAUAGAAACCAGCACAGAAACGCUCCGUCGCCAAAUGGAGCUCAACUACUUCGCCGCCGCAUACCUCGCACAUAAAACACUCCAAGCUUGGUUAUACCCCUCAACACCCUACUCUGCACAAGAGAAAGCUUCGGGACCAGAGCCGACCCGCCAAUUCAUCUUCACAUCUUCCGCCACCGCGUUUGCACCCUGCAAAGCCGCCCUGCGCUCCCUCGCCGACGGUCUACGCUCAGAAGUCCAAAUCUACAACGCCGCCCGGCGCUCCAAGACAAACACCGGGAUUCAAACCGCCCCCUUCGACGUCAGCAUCCAUGCCAUAUUCCCCGGCACCAUUCUCUCCCCGGGCUUCGAGAACGAAGAGAAAUCCAAAACACCCCGUGACGCGGGAGCUCGAAUCCUCAGACCCCAAGCAGACCGAAUUUGCAAGCAGCCACAGCAGCUGUGCAGGGACUGGAAGCGGGCAAUUUUUAUGACAACGACGAAUUGGCUGAUUGCGUUACUCAGGUUUGGAUCGCUGGGCAGUAGUCAGAGGAAUAAUGUCGUGAUAGACACACUGGGCGCGUGGAUCACGGCGAUUAUCUGGUUGUUCAUGGUGCCGGAUUUGAAUAGCAAGGUUUGGGGGUGGGGCAAGAAGAAUGGCAUGCCGGCGUUUAGAAAGGAUGCGCAGUAGAUGACAUGUAUCAAUUCAACUCUUGGUGGU